CUUUCAGUUUCAUUUAUUGAAAAGGCAAAGACGCACAUCCAGAAACACGAUGUAAAUUUGUCUUUACAUAACUAUUUUUCAAAGUAAAACCAUGGCAUUACUGGAAGAGAUCAGAGGGAUCAGCAGUGAAGCAGCCCUUCAGCUGGAGAAAGUGGAUUGUUGCACUGACCGAGACAUUCGCUUACUCACCCACAAUGACCUGCAAGAGCUCCUCCCUGGGCUUUCAAAUUUCAAAUUAAGGAAGAAAAUCUAUGAAGCUGUACACAAAAAGCAUCCAAUCCAGGCCGUUCUAAAUGAGCUCAAAAGUUUUAUUCCAGAUGAGUUCCUGAUAGAUGCUUUCCACAGCAAUGGGUCACUUCAUGACUAUCUACAGAUGCUUAAAGCAGUAAAAAGUGAAGUUACUCAUGUUCAAGAGUUUCUAGAUGCCCAUAUUGAUCUACUGGAGAAAUUUAGUCAAAAAGAGGAUACGAAGGCCAAUGAAGAUGAAGCUUUAAUAUCUUCAGUAAACCACACUCCUGCUGUGUCUCCCAAUGUUACCAAAACCAAUCAUUCUGAGUAUAACUUGCAUUCAGAAAAAGCACAAGCUUCACCUUUCAUGCAUAAUUAUAGUCACCAUAAUUACAUGGCUAAAGCUACAAAACCACAACUACAAGCCACCGUAAGAUACAAAGUGAGUGUCAGUGGUAACACCCUGAACAGACACAUGGACUUAUUGGAAAAGAUAAAAAGUAAUAACCGUGAUAGUCUGCAUCUGCAAGAAGCUAAACGUGAUGAGGAUGUCCAGGUCACCAUAGUCUUCUGUCCAGUUGUCUCUCGAGCAGGGACAGAUGUAAAGACAGCCCUGAGCCUUAUUCAAGAUGACAAACCAAUCAUUCUCGUGAUGAUGCAUCACAGACAUUCUGGAUUUGUGGCUCCAACGGGACAAAGGCUUGACCACAAUGUAGUGCUGGUAGUCAAUGUUUUCUUUCAUGAGACUGUACCUGGUUUAGUGACAUGUCCACAAAAUGAUGAGGCCAUAAACAAAAUUCAAGCUACACUGCAGUCAUUCAGUACAAAUACUGGAAAACGUUUUUAGUCUCCAUCAUAAAUCAUCCCAUACAGAUAUGUCCUCGUAAUGUUGAUUUCAGCUUGUAAUUAUCUUUUUUGUUAAAAUGCAUGCAUACUUUUGUUCAAAUCUUUGGAGAACAGCAUAAAAAUAUUUCUAUAAAUUGAUGACACAUUUAAAAUCACAUGUGGUUUCUAUGAACAAUAAUCUGUUUUAUGACCACAAAUAUGUAGCUGCAGCCUGCUAUUACAUGUCUGCCCCUUUUUAUUAGAUUAUCUACUGUCGCCUUGCACUGUCAUAAAUAAAGGACAAAUAAU